CAGGGAGGACAGACAGGGUGUAAUUGCUUUAUUCCUUAUCUUUCCUUCAUCCCUCUUUACUAUUUGCCUCGUUUCCAUUUUAAAUGACUCCCCAUCCUGUUUCCCAGUGGUUUUUUCCUGGUUCUCCCCAGGGCUGGAGCUCUCUGUGCCUUUGUUCCCCCCCGUCCCUGCUCUCCUCCCUCUCCCACCCUGCUGUUUGCUGCCGCUGAGCUCAUUUCAGCUAUUCCUUCACUUGGAACAGCCCAUCCACUCUGUUGUCCUCCACCGAGCAAGCUGACAGGCUAAUGAAUGGCUUUGGAUGGUAAUUAGCAAUGGAGUUGCUAAUAAUGAAUUGCAUUUCCAUGUUAAGCGCUGCAGAGGAAAAGCAAGACCCUGCCAUCACUGCCCCUUUGGGGGCUGCAGAAGGGCUUCGCUGCGAUUUCACCUCCUCUGCCUCCAUUCCCAAGGCUCCCCUGAGCAGAGUUUGUGAAGCAGCGAUUAGAGGCAAGGGGGGAAGGUGCCCCACACCAUGGAAAAUGGGCCACGGGAGGCAGGAGCUGGGCCUGGGCCAGGAAAUAAGGGCUGGAGGUUUCAUCCAGCGCUGGGAUCCAUCCAGCUCACCCAGAGCCCUGGUGCUGUUGGCUCUUGGUGGCCACAAACCCUUCCCGUGCAAAUCCUGAGGGAUUUCUCAGCCCCCCGACUUCACACAUGCUCUGUGGAUGCUGCCGAAAUCCUCCUUGGUUGUUUUCCCAGCAUCUUUUGGAGGCAGCAGUUUCCCAGAGAGGUUUAAUCCAUCCCUGCCUGCCCGAGGAAGGAGCCAAGCGCCUGCUGCAGCGAUGCCACAAAGAGCCGUCGAGCAGAAAGGGGGAGAAGCGAUGUUGGUUUGUCUGGUAUGAGCGAGGGACCCAUGGUGGAAGCACAGCGAGUAGCCAUGCACCGGGGGUGGGACUUGAGGGGUGCUCCAAGCUGGAAUCUGGUGCUGGGGUGUCCUGCCUCAGUUUCCCCCUCUGUGUUAGCUGGGUCAGGAAGAGACGCUUCCAUCCCCUUGGGUUUUCCUGAGGGUGCUCCUCUUAGAUGGAGCAUCCCAUCCCAGGUGGGGAAGACGCCGGUGCUGUCCGCCAUCACCUGCUGGACCCCCUGAAAGCUGCUUUGGGACCACAGGCAUGGCCGCAUCCUGCCCUGCCACAGCCCUCACUGCACUGCCAUGGGAUAGAUUGAUUUAUUUAUGUAUUUUUCAAGCCCUGCUCAGACUGAAAACAAUCCAGAGGCUGGUAAGAUUUGCCUGCAAGGCAAUACUCGGUGUCUUUCCACUGUGCAAUGAUCCCCUGAGCCAUGGGGCACACAGGGGACAGGCAGGUGACAGGGGCAGAGGGGAGCCAGGGCAGGGACAGCACCUCUGCCCAGGGAAAGGAUUGGGGGCAGAAAGGGGAGAUCUCCCGGCCUGUGAUGGGUAUCUCGGGGAUGUAUCCAGUCAAUGGGAUGCUGACUCCUCGCUGGGGCCGUGGAGGUGAGAAGGGAGAGAGUGGAAGGAAGGAGGGAGAGGAAUGCCAUCCGCCAGGAUUUCUCCCAAGAGCUUCUCUGAUGGCUAAUAAGGGUUGAGCUCAGGCUCCAAAGUACUUCCCGAAGUACCUGCUGCAUCUCUGUGCCAUCCCCGGGCACAGCAUGGCCAGGACUCCUCAUCCCACUGGGAAUGCUGCUGGAGAGAGUGCAGGCAGACAGGCCAGCUGCCCGCACUCUGCUGACACUUGCAGUUAGCAGCUCGUCCUUGAGAGAAGGAAGCAUGGAGAGAAGGGACCAGGUUCUCUUUAAGGGGGCAGGACUCCGGGAGCAUCAUGAAAGCAAAGAGUGAGCUUCUCCCUCUGCCUUGCCUCCUUCCCUGCCUGCUGCUUCCCUGCCUGCAUGCUCCCGGAGAGGGACCUGGGCUCCCCUUUGCCUCCCGGCCUCUGGGUGCCGGGCAGGGAUGAGAGCAGGAGCUGGGUGCUGGGAUGUGAGGCUGAGCGAGGGGAGGAGGAGGAGGAAGAGGAGGGGAGGGCGAGGGGGAGGAUCUGCUAAUUACACAGAACAGCUCUGGGGGCUCUGCUGAAGUCCAGAAUGAAGCAAAGAGCGGCAGAAGCAAGUGCUGCAGUGGGAGCGGAGCAGCAUCACCAAGAGCCGGAGCUGGCUGGGAGCAACCAGGGGCACCCAGGGGAUCCUGCAGCCCUGUAUCCCCAGGGAACAGCCUCCGGCACAGCCACCGGCUCCUCUGCAGCCAGCACCGGGCCAGGAGAGGGGACGGGGCUGGAGGUCCCGCGGGCGCAGGGUUAAAGUCGGCCCUGCUGCAGGCUGGGCUGGAGGGCAGCGGAGCCCUGCUAUGGUUCCGGGGGGCUAGGAGCCCGAGCAGAUCCACCGGGAAGGGGUGAAGGAUGGCUGCUGAAGGAGGGAGAGCCAAGCCCGUCACCCAGUCCAGGAUGGAGAACUUCCGAAAGGUGAGGACAUCAGAGGAGGAGAGCCCAUUGCCCUUCCCCGACCUGCCGCCGGACGUGGUGGAGAUGAAAGUGAAGGAGGGCAGCAAGAUCAGGAACCUGAUGAACUUCGCCAUGGCCCAGAUGGAGCUGAAGGGCAGGCGGCAGAUCGUCUUCAGCGGCUGCGGCAGAGCGGUCACCAAGACCAUCACCUGCGUGGAGAUCAUGAAGCGGAAGCUGGGAGGGCUGCACCAGGUCACCAAGGUGCGCUACAAAACCCUGCUGGAAGUCUGGGAGAACCAGGACCCGCUGCCCGGCGGCGCGGCGCAGAACCUGACCGUGCACAAGAACGUGCCCUCCAUCUGCAUCCUGCUCUCCCGAGACCCCCUGGAUCCCAACCAGACUGGCUACCAGCCCCCGGAGCCCCAGCACGGGCUGGAGCCGCAGCUCGGCCAGGCAGGAGAAGACGUGUCCGGCUCCUCCACCAAGGGGCUGAAGCGGCCCCUGCCACCCCCCUGCGAGGAGCUGCUCACCAAGAAGCUGCAGGUACAGGUACCCGCUGGCCCGAGGGGCUCGGGGAGCACCGAUCUCCAGCCAGACCAUCACCACUGACCCACCACGUCCCGCCCUGGCCAGCCCCACGCUGGGUAGAUGGUAUGCUGGAGGAGUUUUGGGGUGGUUUUAGCUGCUUUGUGGUGGAUAAAGGCAGUGUGAAGCUUGCUCUGGGGUCACCAAUGUGCUGCAGGCUCUCCCCAGCGCAUCCCCACUCGCUGCUGGGGGGUACCUUCUCCCCACGUUUGGGGUGAGGGUUAAAGGGUUAAAUGCACCUGGUUAUGAACUGAGGGUGUGUUGGGGGGAGCUGCUGACCCCACAGGGGCAAUGCCACCCACCUCCAGCCACGUUCCUGCAGUGACUCCCAUGGGUGCUGGAGCCUUUCGGCGCGGGGUGCUCGGGCCAGGGAAGGCGGCUGCACAUCCUCACUCCCCGUCACUAUGUCUCAGCCAUCAGAGAAGACGGUUUGGCCCCAAGCUCGCUGGAGUAACACCUUCAUCAUCAAAACUGCUGCGAUUACACUCGCCGAGGAGCUGUCAGGGUUAUUAAUGCUGGGCUCAGCACCCUGCGGUGCCGCCAUCCAUCCCGAAUGAAGCACAAACAAGGAGACAGGUCGCUCUCUCCCUGCGGGACAGCACAGGAAAAUAAACCAGCCCUCCUCCUCCUCCUUCCUCCUCUUCCGACAUCGGAUGUUCAGGUCUUUGCUCCUCUGGAGGCGUCUGUAGGGUCUGGAGCUGGGGUGAAGCGCCCGUCGGGAGCUGGGGGCAAUGGGAGCGUUCAGGGGGUGGCUGUUGUGGCUGGAUGCGGUGCCCAGCACGGGGAGGUUUUGGGGUUGUGGGUUGGUUCCUUGGGAAAGCGUUUUGGAGCAACAUUCCUGCUUCUUCCAGGGGGUAAAGGGAGAUGAAUGGAAAAUAAAAGCUCUUUAGAAAUA